GGAACGGGGUUGCCCGGGAAACGGCCGCAUGGCAACAGGAUCAGAGCCUGGGGGUUGUCUGCUUCCAGCUCUGCUCCCAUUUUAAACCGCCUUUCCUCGCUAGAUGGUGUGCAAGCCACUGGAGAGUACACUUCCCCGCACAGUGGGCUCACAGCAUCGAGCAAACCCGGGACAACUCAACACUCGUUCAUAGCUGGCUGCGCGGAGAGUGGAGAUAUAGCCUCACUUUAAGGUUUUCCUCAUAUUUUGGCAGACUUGGAAUAAAAAACAAGCAGCGACCACAUCCAGCUGUGACGGACAUAAUGAUUGCGGUGACGGAUGCUUGUGUUUGUGGUCAGUGGCUAAGUGCGGUCCUCCUCAGCCUCUGCUGCUUCCUGCCGUCGUGUUUGCCAGCGGGGCAAGUUGUGGACUAUUCCUCGGUUGAAAGUGUGGUCAGCAGGCAAGGCGACACGGCUCUACUAAGGUGUUACCUAUUGGAUGGCAUCUCAAAAGGAGCCUGGCUGAACCGCUCCAGCAUCAUCUUCGCAGGGAAUGACAAAUGGUCAGUGGACCCCCGCGUGUCCAUUGUGUCCAGCGUUGGAGACAAGCACGAGUACAGCCUUCAGAUACAGAAGGUGCAUGUAACGGACGACGGCCAGUACACGUGCUCCAUUCAAAGCGAGCACAACCCGCGGCCAAAACUUCUCAACCUCAUUGUAAAAGUUCCUCCCAAGAUAUAUGACAUUUCCUCUGACAUCACAGUAAACGAGGGCAGCAACGUGUCGCUCAUCUGUACAGCCAGCGGGAAACCUGAGCCAGCCAUUUCCUGGAGACACAUAACCCCAUUAGCCAGGAAGUAUGACAGCGGUGAAUAUCUUAAUAUCACUGGCAUCACAAGGGACCAAGCCGGGGACUACGAAUGCAGCGCUUUAAAUGACAUCGCCUCUCCUGACACCAAAACAGUAAAAGUCACAGUCAACUUUGCCCCAUCCAUCCAUGAGAUGAAAAGCCAUGGAGUUGGUCUGGGGCGCACCGCUCUACUGCGGUGCGAGGCGGCUGCUGUGCCUUCGCCAACGUUUGAGUGGUACAAGGGGGAGAAAAGGAUUAUCAAGGGUCAGGGCAUCGACAUCAAGAACCUGAGUUCCAGAUCAGUCCUUACGGUGACCAACAUGACAGAGGAUCGUUACGGGAACUACACAUGCGUCGCCACCAACAAACUCGGGACCGCUAAUGCCAGUGUGCCUCUCAUUCCGAUUAUUGAACCCACCACCACUAUCGCUGUCUCAAGCCCAGCACCCAACACCGCGCCGUACGGCAGCACAGGAAGUGCACACGUCCCGCUGGCCUGCAGGUACCUGGUCCUGGCUCUCACCCUGAUGGGCGUGUACUAGCGGCGGCACGGAGGGCAAAGUGACUGUGGAGAGCAUUUCAGAGUCUUUGCGGACGAGGAAUCCAAUGGGGGUGCGGCAAAGGGGGGAAAAUAAUCACUCGCUUUUCUUUUUGUCACAGUGAACUUCAUGUAAAUACUAUUUGUUGUUACUUUUUUAUGUUCUGAUUGAUGGAUGAAUCAGCCCCUCCCCUCUUGCGUCACAUCCAAUCGCAUCAUCAGCUCAGCUUCCCCUAACGUGUGCGUCGUUUAUCUCCGCGCCUGGAGAGGAACAACUGUGCCAAUUCUCUCAGUACACACAAUUACCAUGACAGUGUUCUUUUGAAUGUAUUGUUGGAGGCUGAAUGAAGGAAAAAGUCAUUUGUAGGAUCGCAAACGGUGACGUCUCUUCAUUAUGUUCGGGACGUCCAAGUAGCAAAGUCGACUGUCGCUUGUCCUUGUUUUCCGGUUCACUCAAAAAGCUUUCUUUUGUGAAAGUGAAUGAAACGAUGGCGCACACGCGAAGGGAGGAACACCGUCGCCUCGUUUCCGUGUGUCUGCUCGCGGCUGCAAACGCUUUGGUUGGCGAAGGAAAAAGCCGAGCUCGCGUGUGUCUUCAGGAUUUAGUGGUUGUUAGCAUGACUGUCAUCGAAAGGGGGGCGCGGAGUGCUUCAUUUGUUUUACAAGGCAUUCCAUUCUGCAUGGCGUUGUAGCACAGUGCUGGGGGCCUUUCCAAAUGGAUUUCCGCUGCGUUCAAGAAUGCUGGGAAGUCUGUAAUUUGAGUUAACGGACACAAAAAGCUAGUCACCCGAAUAUAAGACCGCAUUUUUCCCUAGAAAUACGUCUGAAAGAGACCAGUUGUCUUAUAUUUGAGGGUAUAGAGAUUCGAAAGACUUGUCAGAGCUUUUCUUCCUGUCACUCACAGACACCCGUUACCUGUUUCCAGCAUGGAAUGAUAUGCUUUUUUUAUUGAAAACCUGUUUGGUACUUUCUGUCUUAAAAUUCAACGUCCAAAAGCGGUUCUUGAAAAAGAGGUUUUAUAUUCAGGGUCGUCUUAUAUUCUAACCCGAGUUGCGUUCCGAUGCCCUCCACCCGCCGACUUCCCAGUUUUCUGGACUGCAGCGUCUUUCUCUAAAACCAUUUUUCUUGUGAACACAUUUAGCCUGUCAUGAAAAAUGCUUACUGACAACAUGCUAACAGCUAAAAACAAUGUAGACACACAAGCGGAACGGUCCAUAGAGUCCAUCGGAAGUCCAGAUAAAUCAAGUACUACGUUUUGUUUUGUGAAUUCAGUCCAAAUGUUCCAUUGUGACUUUGAGUAUUUAACAUGUUCACCUUCCAGUAUCUUAUCAGUCUGCAGUGUACACAGAUACUGUAAUGCCUUAAUAGUCACGCAAGGACAUUCCCAAACGGGCCAAUCAAUUCAAUCCAAACAAACUGAAAAUGAGGCAAUUAGGUCCAAAUUCAAAGUACUUGGAUGUAGUAGUAUGCUUGUAUGCAGUAACCUCACGUGAACUUGCAACUGAAAUAGCCAUGACAGCUAAAGCACAAACACUGUUAGCGCUUUUGUGGUGAUUCUUUUUCGGUUCCUAUUCUUAGCUUGGUUAACAAAAAAAAGAAAAAAAAAGACAGAAAAGAAGAAAUCUGCAGCGUAUGAUCUUGUGUUAAAUGUGAAGCUACGAUGAACAUAUAUUUAUUUGCUUCAGUGUAUAAAGAACGCGUGGAAGAGCCGCUUGUUUUGAACGGGUCGCAGGAGGGCACACUUGGGUUUAUUUGUUGAAAAAAUCUGUUCGUGUUUGCAAUCCACCAAGCUACUUUUUAAAGCGCAGGGGGAGCACACCAAUAUAACAGUAUUAAAAGGCAGAUGUGUGUGUGCGUGUGCGUGUGUGUGUGGACAAAGUAUGGAUACUUUGUAUCUUUGGAGCGUGUCGUCCUUGUCUUCAGACAGCCUGCUUGUGCUGCAUGUCCAACUUCAAUGUCCGUCCUUUGUUUGCUUUCUACAUUUGGAAUUUUUUGACAUUCCAUUUUUUGUUUGCUCCUUGCAAGCAGCGAUGGCCCGCGAGUAUUCCACAUAAAAUACCGCUGGUGUUGAAUUGGUUGGAAGCUGCGAUGGGAGAGGCUUUUCUUCAUUGGGUGUGGGUGCGGCCCAAGAUGCGAGCAAGCAGCCAAGAAAGUCUUUAUUAAAUCUCCAAGGUAUUGCAUCAGAGCCCAAAAAGGGGGGGGGAAUCUAAAUAUCUAAACACAGGAAUUCACUUAUCACCAAUUAACAGCGAUAAACGAGGGAUUGCUGUGCUCCAACCCAUAUGUGGGUUUGUCUCAGAGUAGCUGCUGAGUCAUGUUUAACGUGCCCUAUCAUGCGUAUUUGUUAGCCCUCCCCUCUGUCCUCGAACGCAUCAUCAAAGUCUUCCACAGAGCCCAGCUGGCCAGACGCCACGGCGCAUCGGAUUAGCCCGCCUUUGCUUCGCGUUGCCGUUAUUGACUACGCUUGAUGCUAAAUCUCUUCUGGCAUAUUUGCAAACAUAAAACGCGUCUUCAUUGCGUCCCACAAUACACCGAGGCUGGCUCGGAUGCACGCUCGCAUCAGCGUGACUGAUCAACUCCCAGCCGUGAGCGAUGACCUCGAGUCCUAAUGAAAAUGUUGAUUUAGAAGCGGGAAAAGCUUACCGCCUCGGCCACCUGCUGGCUUUCCAAAAAAAAUGCGUGUAAAACUGUCAUUUCAGAGCAACUCACCUGACGUAUCGAGGUCAAGCUGAUGCCCCCAGGGCAGGGGAGUGGGGGGGGGUCCAACAGGUACUGUAUUGAAUGUGGCUUCAAAGUAUUUCAUGGAACGCGACAUCGCUGAAAAAGUAGACUCUUCAUGACAGCAAGCAGUAAAGGAGUGCACUACUUGGUUGCCACCAGCAGAGGCGCUGUUGUUUCAAUCUCAGAACAUGAUGGCAGCAAUGUAAUACGGACUAUUAGGGCCACAUUGAAAAAAAACCCUUAGAUUUCGAGAAUAACGUCGUACAUUUCCGAGAAUAAAGACGUACAUUUACGAGGAAAAAAAUUUGUACAUUUACGAGAAUAAAGUCGUGCAUUUCCGUGAAAAAAAGUCGUACAUUUACGAGAAUAAAGUUGUACGUUUACGAGAAAGAAAUUCGUACAUUUACGAGAAAAAAAGGCGUACGUUUCAGAGAAUAAAGUCAUACAUUUACAAGAAUAAAGUUGUACAUUUACAAGAAAAAAAGUCAUAACUUUAUGAGAAAAAAAGUCGUAAUAAUACCUUUGUCCAAGGUCAAAUGUCACAUAAGUCCCCCUUUUCAUAGCUGUCUCAGGCAACGCCUGUUCCGACUGUAACUGUAACUGUAACUAUGUAACUGUAUGUUACAGGCAUUGCCGGAGACAGCUAUGAAAAGGGGGGACUUAUGUGGCCGUUGGCCUUGGGCAUGUCACUACGCGAUAUGGACCCGGAACUCAAUCGGUGCCGCGCAUGCCCGAGGGCUACGUCACUUCCUUCUUUAGCAAAUUUUUACGACAGUGCUUCUGCGACGUCACGUGUUGUGGUAGUUAUUAUUUUUGAAAUGUAUGAACAUGAACAUAAAUGGUCAAUAACCACACUUCAUGGAUGUAAUAUAUUGGGAGGUUAUUCUACAAGUGACUCUGUUUCUGUCGUCUUGUGACAUCCACCGAGAAUGAGCUACGUGAAAACGUACGUAAUGCACGCAGCGCAGUCGUAAACGUCAUGCAAACGUCUAACAUGUGACUGCCAAGAAACAGGCCGAGCGGACGUAGAAGCAUUCUGCACAUGCGUAGAAACCAGCUGAACCCCUCGCGUUCCGGGUACGUAUUGCGUCGUGACGGGACGUGUGGAGGGGGAAGGCGGAAGUGAGGGAAGGGCUAGCUAGACAUGCUAAUUUGUUUGUGCUCAUCUGCUCGUUGUAAAUCAAAGCUUGCCUGAAGCAAGAGGAAAGUUUCCUUCCUUCAUGAAGAUCUGUGCUCUAUUUUCCCUCUGACACGUGUGGCAUGAUGACACGUAAUAUUACCACUUUAUUCUCGAAAUCUCUGAUAUUUUUUGUUUUACAAUGUGGCCCAAAUACUCCAUUGUAGCUAUGAGACGUUUAGCUGGUUCAGAACAUUCAGUAUUUAUGAAUAAUUGAUCCGCUAAACGACUGAAGGAAAUUGUCGUUUUCCCAAUGUCACUGUCCCGCUGAAGGUCCAAAGUGUUAGUAUUCAUUGUCGACCACUCAGAAAGACUGCAGCGUCUUGGCAACCGGCUAUUCAAGGACUGAAGGUGUCAUUCCAAAAAAAACACUCCCAUGCUUGGAAUGUAAUUGGCGACUGAAAGCCCAGCAGCAGCUGCUUGAUUCCAGCAAAACACUGCUGAAGGGUGGCACGCGACACUUGGUUAUUUUCUAUCAACAGUCCAAGUGCAAAGUUAUUUUGUGCAGUUGUGUGUUUGUGUCCAUCGACAACUGGCACAAUUUACAUAAACCGUGACAUCUAUCCCUUACCUCUUUUCAUUUUUACCCCUGGAGGCAACAGUAAUCGCUCAGGCACCGGUCGGGCCAAAUCUACAACGGCCACACAGAAGAAAACAAUCUGCGAUUUUGAGAAUAAAGUGGAAAAUUUUCGAGAAAAAAAUCGUAACGUUACCGUAGCCCGAGACCAAAGGUGACAUCUUCAUAGCUGUCUCAGGUAAGGCCUGCUACACCAGAGUAUUCAAAUAAUCUUGGAUUUUGAGAAUAAGUCCUAAAUGUACAAGAAAAAAGGUGUCAUACUAUGAGAAUAAAGUCCCACAUUUACGAGAAAAAACUCGUAUCUUUAUGUUACAGGCACUGCCUGAGCCAGCUAUGAAAAGGGGGGACUUUUGUGAGCUUUGGUUUUGGCCAUGCGGAGGUGAGAAGGGUGCUCAUCUAAACGCUAGAUGUUUUGCUGCCACGUUAUAAAUAAAAGCUUGCCUGAAGCAAGAGGAAAGUUUCCUUCCUUCCUGAAGAGCUAUGCUCCAUUUUCCCUCUGACACGUAUGACACGUAAUAUUACAACUUUUAUCUUGUAAAUUUACGAAAUUUUCUCAUAAAUUUACGACUUUAUUCUCGAAAUCUGAUCUUUUUUUUUUCAAUGAGGCCCUAACACUCCGUCGUACAAAUCCAUAUGAACCAAACGCAAACAGUUAGUGGUUUGGGCCGCAACAUACAGUAUCGGAAAACAGGCCAAAAUGCAGAUGACUGUUUUUCAAAGUCAAAGCUGAUGUGUGUGACUAUCCCGUUUUACCUAAAACACAAAUAGCUAUGCUGUCAUGGAUGACUAAGGACAUUCAAAAAUAUAUUUACAUUUGAGAGGCUGAAAUCAGAGGAUAUUUAGAUUUUUAAAUCAUAAAACGAUUAACGGAAUACCAAAACAGUUGUCGAUGAAUUGUAUAAUUGAUGAAUUGUUGGAGCGCUAAACAUCAUUACAUUUCUCUUGAAAUUACAGCAACAAACGGUGACCUUUGACCAUACCUGUCAAGCCGGUCUACUCGGCAACAUCGGUGGAAGACCAGAAUUUCCCUCAUUUUCCCGAAUGUUCCCUUAUGUUCAGAUGCAAAUGUUGACAGGUAUGUCUAAGAAGGACGACAAAUGAAAGCGUAAUAACAAGCAGAUGCGUUUAAGUCUGUUUUUUCCCAAGUACAGUAGCUUUCCGGCACACAAAGGAAGGCUUGUUUGUUGGUAUUACCACAGUGACUCGAGCUGACACUUCCCUGCAAUGCAGCUGCAAAAAGCAGCUCCUCGGAGACGUUGGCUUUAAACAAACAGGAGAUAUGGUGUAUAGGAAACAUCACAACAAACCCCAGCAGCCAGGGUGCAUCUACUGUGUCGUGUGUUUGCAAUGCGGGGAGGCGAGAUGGCACCUCCAAAAUAGACUGCAAACAAUGCAGUGCAUUGCUUUCUAAAGGGAAGUGUUACGACCACACUGAAAAGGAGAAAUUAUUGUACAAUUGUGUGAAUAAUGGUGUAAUAUUAGGAAAAAAUAUUUUUUUUUAGAGAAAAAGGUAGUCAAUGUCGACAUUCCCACGUUUAAACGCACCAGAGGCAGCCAUUCCGUGUACAGGAGAACCUCGGGUUACAAACAAGUUACGUUCGUAGACGUCACUCACACUGUACACAUGAAGGACAUACAGUCAUAAAACAAUUAAAUGUUAAAGUAAUUUAAAAAAGACAUAAUUUCCUUACUUUUAUCCUUGUGGUUGUCUCGAAGGGGCGUUGCGAGGGAGGGAGAGAGGCUUAUUGGGAGGAGGACGUGUCAAUAAUGAGAUCACUCCACUACACUGUUGUCACUGUCCUUUUCAUAGGAGAUCCUUCCACACGUUUAAAGACAUCAUCUGUAUCCUUCACGAUGGUCCCCGUGUUUGAGCGGCUUGGACUGCGUAUGCAACCAAUGUUGAUUCGUCCGCUUUCGGAACAUUUGAUCUAAUUUCCCGUCACUUUCCUUUUCUUUGACGCACUGCAUCAGAAGAGUCUGCCUCAAAUUUGGUAGGCGUCGUCAUAUAAAAUGUCAUAACACAAAAUGGCAUAAUAUGACAAUACACAAUGGGAGUGCAUUGUAACCACAACAUGUCAUAACAGGAAGUGCCGUAAUGCAAAAUGUUAUAAUACAAAACGAGAUAACACAAAACAUCGUAACAUGAAAUGCCGUGAACCAAAAUGCCAUAACACAAAAUGUUAUAACGUGAAAUGCUGUGAUAUGACAAUGUACAACGGGAGAGCGUUGUGACCUCAAAACAUCCAUCCAUCCAUUUUCUAUACCGCUUCUUCCUCAUUAGGGUCGCGGGGGCAUGCUGGAGCCUAUCCCAGCUGACUUCGGGCGACAGGCGGGGUACACCCUGGACUGGUGGCCAGCCAAUGGCAGGGCACAUAUAGACAAACAACCAUUCACACUCACAUUCAUACCUAUGGACAAUUUAGAGUCUCCAAUUAACCUCACCUGCAUGUUUUUGGAAUGUGGGAGGAAGCCGGAGUACCCGGAGAAAACCCACGCGCACACGGGGAGAACAUGCAAACUCCACACAGAAAUGCCCAGGGGAGAAUCGAACCCAGGUCUUCCCGAUCUCCAGGCUGUUACUGUGUUGGCCAACGUGCUAACCACUAGACCACCGUGCAGCCCACCUCAAAACAUCAUCAUAUAAAAUGUCGUGACAUGAAAUGCCAUAACCCGAGAUGUUAUAAUGCAAAAUGUCAUAACACAAAUUUCCGUAAUAUGACAAUAUACAAUGGGAUGUGUCGUAACCACAACAUGAAACAGCAUGACACAAAAUUCCUUGAUACAAAACGACAUAGCACAAAAUGUCAUAACAUGAAAUGCCGUAAUACAAAAUGUCAUAACUUGAAAUGCCAUAAUAUGAAUCCCCAUAACACAAAAUGUCAUAACUUGAAAUGCCAUAAUAUGAAACCCCAUAACACAAAAUGUCAUAACUUGAAAUGCCGUAACACGAAAUGUUGCAGUACAAAACAUCAUAACAUGAAAUGCCGUAACACAAAAUGACGUAACACAAAAUGUCAUAACCUGAAAUGCCAUAGUAUGAAACCCCAUAACACAAAAUGUCAUAACUUGAAAUGCCGUAACACGAAAUGUUGCAGUACAAAACAUCAUAACAUGAAAUGCCGUAACACAAAAUGUCAUAACCUGAAAUGCCAUAAUAUGAAACCCCAUAACACAAAAUGUCAUAACUUGAAAUGCCAUAAUAUGAAACCCCAUAACACAAAAUGUCAUAACUUGAAAUGCCGUAACACGAAAUGUUGCAGUACAAAACAUCAUAACAUGAAAUGCCGUAAUACAAAAUGUCAUAACUUGAAAUGCCGUAAUAUGAAACCCCAUAAUACAAAAUGUCAUAACUUGAAAUGCCGUAAUAUGAAACCCCAUAACACAAAAUGUCAUAACCUGAAAUGCCGUAACACGAAAUGUUGUAGUACAAAACAUCAUAACAUGAAAUGCCAUAACACGAAAUGUCCUAACACAAAAUGUCAUAACUUGAAAUGCCGUAACAUGAAUCCCCAUAACACAAAAUGCCAUAACACAAAAUGUUGUUACUAUGAAACGCUGUAAUAUCAAACGUCUUAACACAAAAUGUCAUAACAUGAAAUGCCGCAAUAUGAAACCCCAUAACACAAAAUGCCAUAACCCGAAAUGCCGUAACACGAAAUGUUGCAGUACAAAACAUCAUAACAUGAAAUGCCGUAACACAAAAUGUCAUAACCUGGAAUGCCAUAAUAUGAAACCCCAUAACACAAAAUGUCAUAACAUGAAAUGCCAUAAUAUGAAACCCCAUAACACAAAAUGUCAUAACUUGAAAUGCCUUAAUAUGAAACCCCAUAACACAAAAUGUCAUAACUUGAAAUGCCGUAACACGAAAUGUUGCAGUACAAAACAUCUUAACAUGAAAUGCCGUAUCACAAAAUGACGUAACACAAAAUGUCAUAACCUGAAAUGCCAUAGUAUGAAACCCCAUAACACAAAAUGUCAGAACUUGAAAUGCCGUAAUAUGAAACCCCAUAACACAAAAUGUCAUAACUUGAAAUGCCGUAACACGAAAUGUUGCAGUACAAAACAUCAUAACAUGAAAUGCCGUAAUACAAAAUGUCAUAACUUGAAAUGCCGUAAUAUGAAACCCCAUAAUACAAAAUGUCAUAACUUGAAAUGCCGUAAUAUGAAACCCCAUAACACAAAAUGACAUAACCUGAAAUGCCGUAACACGAAAUGUUGUAGUACAAAACAUCAUAACAUGAAAUGCCAUAACACGAAAUGUCCUAACACAAAAUGUCAUAACUUGAAAUGCCGUAACAUGAAUCCCCAUAACACAAAAUGCCAUAACACAAAAUGUUGUUAAUAUGAAACGCUGUAAUAUCAAACGUCUUAACACAAAAUGUCAUAACAUGAAAUGCCGCAAUAUGAAACCCCAUAACACAAAAUGCCAUAACCCGAAAUGCCGUAACACGAAAUGUUGCAGUACAAAACAUCAUAACAUGAAAUGCCGUAACACAAAAUGUCAUAACCUGAAAUGCCAUAAUAUGAAACCCCAUAACACAAAAUGUCAUAACAUGAAAUGCCAUAAUAUGAAACCCCAUAACACAAAAUGUCAUAACUUGAAAUGCCGCAAUAUGAAACCCCAUAACACAAAAUGCCAUAACCCGAAAUGCCGUAACACGAAAUGUUGCAGUACAAAACAUCAUAACAUGAAAUGCCGUAUCACAAAAUGACGUAACACAAAAUGUCAUAACCUGAAAUGCCAUAGUAUGAAACCCCAUAACACAAAAUGUCAUAACUUGAAAUGCCGUAAUAUGAAACCCCAUAACACAAAAUGUCAUAACUUGAAAUGCCGUAACACGAAAUGUUGCAGUACAAAACAUCAUAACAUGAAAUGCCGUAAUACAAAAUGUCAUAACUUGAAAUGCCGUAAUAUGAAACCCCAUAAUACAAAAUGUCAUAACUUGAAAUGCCGUAAUAUGAAACCCCAUAACACAAAAUGUCAUAACCUGAAAUGCCGUAACACGAAAUGUUGUAGUACAAAACAUCAUAACAUGAAAUGCCAUAACACGAAAUGUCCUAACACAAAAUGUCAUAACUUGAAAUGCCGUAACAUGAAUCCCCAUAACACAAAAUGCCAUAACACAAAAUGUUGUUACUAUGAAACGCUGUAAUAUCAAACGUCUUAACACAAAAUGUCAUAACAUGAAAUGCCGCAAUAUGAAACCCCAUAACACAAAAUGCCAUAACCCGAAAUGCCGUAACAUGAAAUGUUGCAGUACAAAACAUCAUAACAUGAAAUGCCGUAACACAAAAUGUCAUAACCUGGAAUGCCAUAAUAUGAAACCCCAUAACACAAAAUGUCAUAACAUGAAAUGCCAUAAUAUGAAACCCCAUAACACAAAAUGUCAUAACUUGAAAUGCCUUAAUAUGAAACCCCAUAACACAAAAUGUCAUAACUUGAAAUGCCGUAACACGAAAUGUUGCAGUACAAAACAUCUUAACAUGAAAUGCCGUAUCACAAAAUGACGUAACACAAAAUGUCAUAACCUGAAAUGCCAUAGUAUGAAACCCCAUAACACAAAAUGUCAGAACUUGAAAUGCCGUAAUAUGAAACCCCAUAACACAAAAUGUCAUAACUUGAAAUGCCGUAACACGAAAUGUUGCAGUACAAAACAUCAUAACAUGAAAUGCCGUAAUACAAAAUGUCAUAACUUGAAAUGCCGUAAUAUGAAACCCCAUAAUACAAAAUGUCAUAACUUGAAAUGCCGUAAUAUGAAACCCCAUAACACAAAAUGUCAUAACCUGAAAUGCCGUAACACGAAAUGUUGUAGUACAAAACAUCAUAACAUGAAAUGCCAUAACACGAAAUGUCCUAACACAAAAUGUCAUAACUUGAAAUGCCGUAACAUGAAUCCCCAUAACACAAAAUGCCAUAACACAAAAUGUUGUUACUAUGAAACGCUGUAAUAUCAAACGUCUUAACACAAAAUGUCAUAACAUGAAAUGCCGCAAUAUGAAACCCCAUAACACAAAAUGCCAUAACCCGAAAUGCCGUAACACGAAAUGUUGCAGUACAAAACAUCAUAACAUGAAAUGCCGUAAGACAAAAUGUGGUUAACUUGAAACGCCAGAACAUGAAAGGACUACGGUAACACAAGGACUGCCUGUUUAAAGGGUUUUUCAGUGUGGUCCUAAUGCUCCUUGGAUUUUAUUCAGUGUGUUCAACGUAGCAACAUGCUGUAUCAUCACUGAACUCCACUCCUGCUCACUUCUGGUGGAUCUGAUGGAAUCGGUGGCGUCCCUGUUCAACAAAGUCUUUUUUUCUUGUAUUUGAUGUAUUAUUUUGGUACUUUAGUUUGUUUUUUCGAGGGAGUUUGGCUGUGUUGUUAAUGAACUUUUCCUGUGCCUUUGUGAUUUCUUGGGUUUUUUUUGGGAGGGGUUUUGCACUGUGACUCCAGUCCAACAGUCACGCUGCACUUCCCUGAGCAGCAGACAACAACCAACAACCGCAUUCACUUGGCCGACUGAAGUCCUUCUGUCAAACACGGACACUUGGGGUGGGGGGGUCAAAAUACAUGUGUUUGCCACCUCCUUGCAGGAGAAAAAGUUAAAAAAGCAGUUUGAGAGAACUUCUUCAUUGAAGUUGAUACAGGAAAAAUCAAAUAUAUAUAUAUCAUUUUCGUCAGUGUGCUAGUGUGGCAGCUGCCAUUGUUAGGAGUGGAUGUUUUUUUAAAAAGUCAAGCGAGGCCUCGAUAUUUAACCAGUCGAGUGGAAAAUGAGUUUGCCCGAGCUAAGGCUAAGGUUUCUUUGUUUUGUUUUUUGUAAGCAACGUGUCUCAUUCACUCCCAUUGGUUGGCAACCUCACCAAGACACAAUGAAAAGAAAAAGAGUGACAGGCAAUGUUAGGAUGUUGUGUGCACAUCUUUCGAGUUUUUAUUUUGCGCUUAAGCCGGGGGUGUCCCAAGGCUGCAGCUGUUUUUUAUUAGCCCGCAAUGUACAGCAAAACAGAAGGAGAGAAUGUUCACGAGAUAUACUGUAUUAGACAUGACACUAAUUUGCGAAGUAAGAUGAUGAUGAUUAACAUACAUGAGAUUGCUUUUAGCAUCUUUAAUGCAUAAAAUGUGUCAAAGUGCCCCCCCAUCCUUCCAUGUUUACAUAUGGAAAAAGUUUGGACACCCCCGGUCUAAGUGGACUCUUACACAAGUACAACAUGUAAAAAAAAAAAGAGUCUGUCUUUGCUAUCAUUGUUUGAAAAAUAGUGGCUUCCUGAUUCUGAGGGUCCCAUGCUCAAGUCUCUUUUUGUUAUUUGUUUUUCAUUGUCGUUUUUUUUUUUUUUAAUUUGAAAAAGAUUUUUAAAAAAUGAUGUGAGGAGGAUGGCAAUGUUUACUCCAAUGUGUUUGAAGGUCCUUUUAGGUGCCACUUGUAUAUUUAUAGGCUCUAAAUCACUGGAAUGAUAUACAUAAAGUGGCAUUUACCUAUACCUAUAUAUAUAUAUAUUUAAAUAUAUAAAUAUAUAUUGAUCUUUGUCCAGAUACAAGAAAAUCCAUGUACUUUAAUUAAUUUAAAGCUUACAUUGUGUACAGUAUAGCACGUAUGCAAGUCAAUUUUCAUCAUGUUUGAUGUAAUUUUGUAGCAGUGGUUUGAUACUAAUAAAUGGCAGUCGAUGAUGGAAUUGUAAAAA